AUGCGGACAGCAGUAGUGUUUGUGUUGGUUUGGUCUGUGUGUGCAACAGCCAGCAGUAGAGGCAUGAGUUGCAGUGAGAAGGAAAAGCAAGCUCUCUCUUCUGAUCCUUCAGGCACCCUGUCUUCCUGGUCUCUCGAUAUUCGCAACUCCGAUUGUUGCCAUUGGAAAGGUGUUGGCUGCGACAACAUAACCGGUCGAGUCAUUGAACUGCAUCUUUCCAAUCUAAAUCUAGCGGGCAGUCUUACACCUUCGCUGCUAGAUCUGAAGUUUUUGAGUUAUUUGGAUUUGAGUCAUAAUAAUUUUGGAGGCUCUCCCAUUCCAGGUUUCUUAGGUUCUAUGACAAGUCUCGUACAUCCCUAUCUCUUUAAUGCUGGAUUUGAGGGGUUGAUUCCUCAUCAGCUUCAAAAUCUGUCAAACAUCCGUUAUCUUAAUCUAGGAUUUAAUGAUGGGCUACACGCAGACAAUCUCAAUUGGAUUGCUCAUCUUCGUGCUUUGGAAUAUCUUGACAUGAAUAGAGUUGACCUUAGCAGGGCAGUUGAUUGGCUUCAUGAGGUGAGCAGCCUUCCUUCCCUUUCAAAAUUAUAUUUGGAUGGCUGCGAGCUUGAGAAUAUGACUCCCUCACUUGAACAUGUGAAUUUUACAUCUCUUACAUCCCUUGUUCUUUCUAGUAAUAAUUUCAAUUGUGAGAUACCAAAGUGGUUAUUCAAUCUUAGUAAUCUUCAAAAUCUUCAACUCGGUGACAACUCAUUGUAUGGUCUAAUUCCUGAAUCUCUUGGCAACUUAUCAUCCCUUGGUUCUUUAGAUCUCAGCUAUAAUCAAUUGAAUGGAACUCUUCCAACGAGCAUUUGGGUUCUCUCAAAUUUAGAGUUCUUGAAUAUUCGUAAUAAUCUCUUAGAAGGCAUUGUUACAGAGGCUAAUCUAUCCAAACUCUCAAAACUACGGGGUCUUGUUUUGUCUGGCAACUUUUUCUCCUUCGACAUCAGCUCCACUUGGGUUCCACCUUUUCAAUUGAAAUAUCUCGUAUUUAGUUCUUGCAAAAUGAGUCUUGUAAGCACUCCUGCCCGGAUAUCCCAAUCACUCGGUCUAUCCAAAUGA